AUGCACUCGGCUCUGACGUACCAGCCAGUCGCACGGUGCUCGGUCACCAAGGCACGUGCUGCGACUCUUCAACUGCCCCAUGGCCCUGUUCCUUUGCCCAUUUUCAUGCCUGUCGCAACACAAGCCUCUCUCAAAGGCCUGACUCCUCAUCAACUCGACGAGACUAGCUGUCGCUUGUGCCUGAACAACACCUACCACCUCGGUCUCAAGCCAGGUCAAGCCACUCUAGACGCCAUCGGCGGUGCCCACAAACUGCAAUCAUGGCCCCACAACAUCCUGACAGACAGCGGCGGCUUCCAAAUGGUCUCCCUCCUCGAACUAGCCACCGUCACCGAACAAGGCGUCCGCUUUCUCUCGCCCCACGACCGCUCUCCUAUGCUCCUCACCCCCGAACACUCCAUCUCGCUGCAAAACAGCAUCGGCUCAGACAUCAUCAUGCAACUCGACGACGUAAUCGCCACAACCUCUCCCGAUCACGCACGCAUAAAGGAAGCAAUGCAUCGCAGCAUACGUUGGCUAGACCGCUGUAUUGAUGCCCACAAGAAUUCCGCAACCCAAAAUUUGUUCUGUAUCAUCCAAGGGGGUUUGGAUCUGGAGUUGAGGAAAGAGUGCUGUGAAGAGAUGGUCAAGAGAGAUACCCCGGGUAUUGCUAUUGGAGGACUCUCAGGCGGUGAGGCCAAAGAGGAGUAUUGUAAGGUGGUGACUACCUGUACGGAUCUGCUGCCAGACCACAAACCGCGCUAUGUUAUGGGUGUGGGUUAUCCUGAAGACUUGGUUGUUUCUGUCGCUCUGGGGGCAGACAUGUUUGAUUGUGUGUGGCCUACACGAACUGCUCGCUUUGGCAACGCCAUUACCUCCACCGGCGUCCUAAACCUCCGCCACGCCUCCUACUCCGCCGACUUCUCAGCCGUAGAUCCAGAUUGCAAAUGCACAAUCUGCCGUCCCGUAUCUGCAGGAGGGUUGGGCCUCACACGCGCCUACAUCCAUCAUGUCGCCGCCAAGGAGACUGCAGGCGCACAUCUGUUGAGUAUACACAAUGUGCAUUACUUGCUAGAUCUGAUGCGGAGGAUCAGAGAAGCUAUCAUCGCAGAUACCUACCCACAGUUUUUGAGGGGUUACUUUUCGACGCUGUAUGCUGGAGACAAGACCAAGUAUCCCGCGUGGAUUGUCGAGGCGCUGAGAGGUGUAAAUGUCGAUUUGAUGGUAGAUUGA